AUGAACUUCAUCCGCAAGCUACUAAGCAGCUCGCCCAAGGAUGAGUUGGUGGUGAUACCUAGUGGUCAGCUCUACUUAGUGAGAUCGCCCACGUCACCGAAGGGGGAGUCUGAGUGUCUUUAUAAUGAUGUUGUAGCCAGCAUUAGGGAAACAUCCAUACAAUACAACUACCAGCUCAUAAUACAGAAGGCCUUCGAGGAAGGCGAGGUUUCAGAUCGCGAGGAGGAUAACGACGAGUCGUCUGUGUUUGAUGAUCUGGAAGAGGGCAAAGAUGACGACUGGACCUUCUUGAUAGACGAAACCUUGAAGUUCUCCAGGUCUGUGAACAAGGAGGGAGACACCGUGAUAAGAUGGAAGGAUAACACGGGAGACAUGGGAGACUAUCUGCAGUUGCUCUGCGAUCGCUCGGUGAAGCCCUCGUUGUUAGAUCAGUUUAUGACUACUCUUUACAAAUGUCAGUUUGAGAGGAAGUAUAAGAGAUCUGCUCUUUCAGCUUCGGAAAGCGAUCUUGAAGAGUUCAAGGUUGGUGCUUCACAGGCUAAAUUGCACAUUCCUGGAUACAGCAAUGACGCUGAUGGUGAAGACGAUUCAGAGGACGAAUUUCACGAUGCUAACGAUGUCAACGAUGAAGAAGACCUGAAAGACCCACAUCCAAUGAGGUUACCUGCCGGGAAAGUACUAAGCCAGGGAGAAUGUCAGUUGCACCUCUACGACCCCGUCAAGAACUCUUUUAUUCUCCAAAACGAGACAGUCAUUGCCAAAAUCAUUGAUCUUGGAAACUGGAACUACUGGCUUUCUGUGGUUGACAGGUCCUCCAAGGGAAGACAGGCGAUUACAGGAAGUUUUAUUACCCCUGAUCUAAAUCCGGUUUGCAAUGACGAUGCACUGGCCUUUAUAUUCAACUACGUGGGUGAGAACUUGGCACUUUCAUGGCUGCUCAAGUUCGAAAAUCUCCAGAAACUGGAGGAGUUCAACUCUAAUGUGAAAACUGCGUUGUGGGAAUCACUGAACAGGACAAAGCUGGAUAGUGUCUCAGAAUCGGACUCCGAAUACGUUCUCAGGGCGUUCGACAAUUUGAAUGUGAACGACGACAUGGAUGCAGAAUUUGAAGAAGAAAGUGAGGAUGAGUUUGAUUCAGCGGAGGAAUCGCUGCUUGAUAACGUGAGGGUUUCCAAUUUAAGACAGGGAACUACCAGGAGGAAUUUCUCCGAUGACGACGACGACUCUGACAGAGACGAAACUAAAGAGAGAUUCGAAGGCUCUGAAUCAAACAAGGGACUCAAAGUAGGCUACAAAAAUGACAGAACCUACGUUGCUAGAGGCAAUCGCCUCGGAGUUUUUACUUCUACUGAAGACAAUGAUCUGAAGUUUUACACAGCGAUUGAAAACAUCAAAAACUCCAAGGGACAAUAUAUCGAUCCCUCGAAGAUGAUGCUUCACCAGGAGGAUAGGGCCAUGAUUAUACAGGAUGACUCGAAGCCUUUCGAGCUCUACAAGAUGGAUCUGGAGUAUGGUAAGAUUGUGGAAGACUGGCAAGUAUCCAAAGACAACAAUGUUCCAGUUGUCGAAUUUGGUCCCUCUCAAAAGUUUUCCCAGAUGACAGGGGAACAAACUUUCAUGGGAAUAUCUAGCAAUGGUCUAUUUAAGUUGGAUCCUCGGUUGUCUGGUAGUAAGCUUGUGGAAGGUUUGCGGAAGACAUACAAGACAAAGGUUAAUUUCACAGCUCUGGCAACUACUGAGCUCGGGUUCAUGGCUGUUGCGAACGAGAGUGGUGAGAUCCGUCUGUACGACAAGCUCGGAGGAAAUGCUAAGACCCAACUGCCGGGAUUGGGAGAACGCAUUAUUGGCAUAGAUACCUCCAAUGAUGGUCGCUGGUUGUUAGCCACCUGCAAGACUUAUCUGCUAUUGAUUGACACCAAGAUCACUGACGGCAAGAAUGCCGGAGCUUUUGGAUUCACCAGGUCUUUUGGUAAGGACUCUAAACCUCGUCCAAGGAGAUUGCAGCUGACUCCUGAAAAUGUGGCUUUCAUAAGAAAUGAAACCGGCACGGGUGUUGUCUUCACAAAGGCCCGUUUCAACACGGGCGUCAAUGUGGACACUCCACAGACCAUUGUUUCCUCCACAGGGCCUUACGUGAUAACAUGGUCAUUCAACAAGGUGCUUCGCAACGACCCACAGCCAUAUCUUGUUAACAGAUAUGAGGAUACGGUGAUGGCAGAAGAUUUCAGAUUUGGAUCGGACAGCAAUGUUAUUCUGGCAUUGAAGGACGAUGUUGCAAUGGCCAAUAAGAAGUCUUUCAAGAAGCCCACCAACGUAUCUCUGACUGGCAAAAAGAAGGCUUUGUCAAAGACAGAGGUUGUUUAUUCACCAUACUAG